CAUCGACGCUUCGAAUACAAAUAUUCAUUUAAGCCCCCAUAUUUGGCUCAGAAGGAUGGCACUGUGCCCUUCUGGGAGUACGGAGGCAAUGCGAUUGCCAGUUCGGAGAGCGUACGCGUGGCACCGUCAAUGCGUUCACAAAAGGGUGCAAUCUGGACGAAGUCACCAACGAACUUUGACUGGUGGGACGUAGAGAUUGUCUUCCGGGUAUCUGGUCGUGGUCGUAUUGGCGCCGAUGGUCUGGCAUUCUGGUACACCACAGAAAAAGGAGAUUAUAAUGGCGCUGUAUUUGGUUCCUCCGAUCGUUGGAAUGGUCUGGGCCUAUUUUUCGACUCCUUUGAUAAUGAUAAUAAACAUAAUAACCCAUAUAUUAUGGCUGUGGUAAACGAUGGAACUAAGGCAUUCGACCAUCAAAACGAUGGCACCACACAACUACUGUCUGGAUGCCUGCGAGAUUUCCGCAAUAAGCCUUUCCCGACACGCGCUCGCAUUGAAUAUUACAAUAAUGUAUUAACAGUGUUGUUCCACAAUGGUAUGACCAAUAAUAACGAGGAUUAUGAGAUGUGUCUUCGAGCUGAUGGUGUCCAACUACCCAAAAAUGGUUUCUUUGGAAUUUCGGCUGCGACCGGAGGUCUAGCGGACGAUCAUGACGUCUUCCACUUCCUAACUUCAUCUCUACAUCCGCCCGGUCAAGUUCCAUCAGAUCCUGUGAAAGUUCCAGAGAACUCGGAAAAGCUGACACAGGAAUACAAGGAAUACCAGGAGAAGUUGGACAAACAGAAGCAGGAGUAUAAGAAGGAGCAUCCUGAUGAGGUCAAAGAUGAUGAUGAGUGGGAAGAGUUCUUUGAGUCAGAAAAUCAACGUGAACUGCGUCAAAUAUGGCAAGGUCAAAGUCAAAUUUUCGAGCAAUUGCGGGAUUUGUCUCGUAAAGUAGACGAAGUAAUAGGCCGCCAAGAGAAUACUCUGUCUUUGGUAUCAAGAAAUGCGGGUGCUGCAGUUCAACAACAAGUGGGUGCACCAGGAAGCGCCGGCGCACCACCUGUUGCCACAGGCACGGUGAGUGGAACCAUCACAAGACCAGAAGUCGAUCUCGUUGUGGCGAACCAAAACGCACUGCUGGCAACUGCUCGCGAGAUUCGUACACUAAUUGGAGAGAUUCAAGCACGUGCCGACACAAUUAUCAAAAACCAACAACGUGCGCCCACAGCUCAAGUGCAAGCGGCUGGUUAUGAUAUUCAGUCCGUUAUCGCUGAGAUGCGAGACGGUAUGAAUCAAGUGAAACAGGGUAUGGCACAUGUUGGACAAAAGCUUGGAUCGCCACAGGCUGGUUCACAAAUCGCUUGCCCAACUGGAAAUUGUGUUGGGAUAACUUUGUUCCUAAGUGUGACCGUUGUGCAGCUGCUGCUGGUGUUCCUGUAUUCUUUCUUCAAAAGCCGCAGUGAAGCUCAAGCGAAGAAGUUCUACUAAGCCAAAUUCAACAAUAAUAGGAAAUUAUGUGGAACGAUUGAGUCAAUUUUCUUUCUGCAUGUAAAUCGUUUGUAAUGUCUAUCAUCUUUUUAAUUCGAUUAAGUUGAAAUGAAGUGUUCCAUAAACUUCUCUACAACAUUCAGUAAAAAAAAAAAAAAA